CUUCCUCUAACCCCAGCCCUCUGGCAGAACCAGGAAGUCCCUCCCCUUCACAAACUCUCUUCUGAGGAAACGAAACUGAUCUGAGUCUCUCUGUCGUCUGUCUGUGUGAGAGUGAACAACCGUCCAAAUGGCUCAGCAGGGAGUUCUGCUGGACCAGGACCAGUUCUGUUGUUCUGUCUGUCUGGAUCUACUGAAGGAGCCGGUGGCUAUUCCCUGUGGACACAGUUACUGUAGGAUCUGUAUUGAGGGCUGCUGGGAUCAGGAUGUUCUGAAAGGGGUCUAUAGCUGUCCUCAGUGCAGAGAGACCUUCACUCCAAGGCCUAAUCUGAGGAAAAAUAACAUGUUGGCUGAUAUGGUGGAGAAACUGAGGAAGACAGGACUCCAGGCUGCUCCCCCUCCUGCUCUGUGCUAUGCUGGACCUGGAGAUGUGGCGUGUGAUUUCUGCACUGGGACCAGAAAGCAGAAAGCCCUCAUGUCCUGUCUGGUGUGUCUAGCCUCUUACUGUGAGACUCACCUCCAACCUCACUAUGAAUUUCCUGCUUUGAAGAAGCACAAGCUGGUCAAAGCCACCGCACAACUACAGGAGAAGAUCUGCUCUCAUCAUGACAAACUGCUGGAGGUUUACUGUCGUACCGAUCAGCAGUGUAUCUGUCUGAUGUGUACAAUGGAUGAACAUAAAGGCCAUGAUACAGUGUCAGCUGCAGCAGCGAGGACUGAGAAACAGAGACUGCUGGGGAUGAGUCAGCAGAAGGUCCAGCAGAGAUUCCAGGAGAGAGAGAAGGAGCUGAAGAAUCUCCAAAAAGCUGUGAAGUCUCUCAAGUGCUCUGCACAGGCAGCAGUGGAGGACAGUGAUCAGAUCUUUACUGAGCUGAUCCGCUCCAUUGAGAGAAGGAGCUCUGAGGUGAAGGAGCUGAUCAGAGCCCAAGAGAAGGCUCAAGUGAGUCAAGCUGAAGGACUCCUGGAGCAACUGAAGCAGGAGAUAGCUGAGCUGAGGAAGAGAAGCAUUGAGCUGGAGCAGCUCUCACACACAGAGGAUCACAUCCAUUUCCUCCAGAGUUAUCAGUCUCUCUCCAGUAUCAGUGUAUCUUCAGACUUACCCAGCAUCGUUGUCCGUCCUCUUCAGUACUUUGGAGAUGUGAGUAAGACUGUGUCUGAACUGAGAGAGAAACUAGAAGACUUCCUUAAAGGAGAAUGGACCAAGAUCUCCACUACAGUGAAUAUAGUGGAUGUUGUACUGCCUCCAGAGCCCAAGACCAGAGAACAGUUGUUACAAUAUUCCUGUCAGCUCACACUGGACCCAAACACAGCACACACACACCUCUCUCUGUCUGAAGGGAACAGAAAGGUGAAACGUACACGCCAAGUCCAACCAUAUCCUGACCAUCCAGACAGAUUCACCAACUACUGUCAGGUGCUGUGUAGAGAGGGUCUGUCUGGACGCUGUUACUGGGAGGUGGAGUGGACUGGUUAUGUUAAUACAGCAGUCUCAUAUAAAGACAUCAGCAGAACAGAGAGAGAUGGUGGAUUUGGAUUCAAUAACAAGUCCUGGAGUUUAAAGUGCUGUAGUGAUGGUUAUUGUUUCAGACACAAUAAUGUUGAGACUAAAGUAUCAGGCCCUCAGUCCUCCAGAGUAGGAGUGUACCUGGAUCACAAGGCAGGUACUCUGUCCUUCUACAGUGUCUCUGACACAAUGACCCUCCUCCACAGAGUCCAGACCACAUUCACUCAGCCCCUCUAUCCUGGGAUUAGGCUCAAUGGUACUGCUGAGCUGGUUAAACUGUAGUAGGGUCCACAUAGAUACUAGUCAUGCUGGUGUAGUCUAUAGCUGAUCUGGUUAAACUGUAGUAGGGUCCACAAAGAUACUAGUCAUGCUGGUGUAGUCUAUAACUGAGCUGGUUAAACUGUAGUAGGGUCCACAUAGAUACUAGUCAUGCUGGUGUAGUCUAUAGCUGAGCUGGUUAAACUGUAGUAGGGUCCACAUAGAUACUAGUCAUGCUGGUGUAGUCUAUAGCUGAGCUGGUUAAACUGUAGUAGGGUCCACAUAGAUACUAGUCAUGCUGGUGUAGUCUAUAGCUGAGCUGGUUAAACUGUAGUAGAGUCCACAUAGAUACUAGUCAUGCUGGUGUAGUCUAUAGCUGAGCUGGUUAAACUGUAGUAGGGUCCACAUAGAUACUAGUCAUGCUGGUGUAGUCUAUAGCUGAGCUGGUUAAACUGUAGUAGGGUCCACAUAGAUACUAGUCAUGCUGGUGUAGUCUAUAGCUGAGCUGGUUAAACUGUAGUAGGGUCCACAUAGAUACUAGUCAUGCUGGUGUAGUCUAUAGCUGAGCUGGUUAAACUGUAGUAGGGUCCACAUAGAUACUAGUCAUGCUGGUGUAGUCUAUAGCUGAGCUGGUUAAACUGUAGUAGGGUCCACAUAGAUACUAGUCAUGCUGGUGUAGUCUAUAGCUGAGCUGGUUAAACUGUAGUAGGGUCCACAUAGAUACUAGUCAUGCUGGUGUAGUCUAUAGCUGAGCUGGUUAAACUGUAGUAGGGUCCACAUAGAUACUAGUCAUGCUGGUGUAGUCUAUAGCUGAGCUGGUUAAACUGUAGUAGGGUCCACAUAGAUACUAGUCAUGCUGGUGGUGAUGGUCCCCAGACGUGAUGAUUCAUUCUGCUCUGUUUUAUCUACAAUGAUUUAACUGAUUUGAUCUUCAGAAGAUGUUAUGAAUUAAAAUUCAAUGUUUUCAUA